AUGUCGGAAAUUAAAAUCAACCUCGAACAUUCUAAACCAAAACCAAAAAAAAUGAUCGGAUUUCGACAUUUCCAAUUCGUUUUGUUGUUUUUGAUCCAAUUUGUGUUUUUCGGAAUGCGAACAUCCCUGUCAGUGGCUAUAAUUUCAAUGACUGAAGAGUCACCCCCAAGUAAUAGUAUUUCCACAUACCCACAAUGGGACAAUACGGACACAAUUUUAUCAUCUUUUUUUUGGGGGUACAUAAUCCCACAAGUCGUCGCAGGCCAACUUAGCGAACGAUACGGACCCAAAUGGUUCUUUGUUGUCACUAUGAUAGCAGGUUCGAUUAUCAACAUUGCAAUACCAACAAUGGCUCAAAUUUUGGGUUCCACUGGAGUCAUAAUAUGUCGGGUACUUCAAGGCAUAUGUCAAGCAUUUAUGUACCCAGGAACCCAUAAUCUCCUAAGUCAAUGGACGCCUGUUUUUGAAAGAUCAUUAGUGGCAAAUUUUGUGUAUGGAGGUGCGUCUUUGGGAAUUGCAGUUUGUAUGCCUGUUACUGGGGCUAUUUCUGGAUCCGAAAUGGGGUGGCCAGUUGCGUUUUACAUCUAUGGGGGUUUGGGAAUUGCUACAGCAAUAAUUUUUAUCAUUUGGGGCGAAAACUCGCCUUCAGAUUCCACGAAAAUAUCAAAAGAUGAGCAGAAAUACAUCGAGGCUAAUACUGAUAUUAGUUCGGGAAAAAAAUUCCCAACUCCCUGGAAAUCAAUCCUGAGGUCAGUACCAGUGUAUGCAAUGCUGGUAGCUGGGAUAUCGCAGUGUUGGGGUUGUUUUACCCUUUUAACAGAAAUACCAACUUACUUGAGCAAUAUCAUGAAUUUUGAUAUAAAUUCAAACAGUCAAUUAUCAGCACUGCCCUACUUUGCUCAAUUUUUCGUCGGACUUUUCAUCUCCCCCUUAGCCGACUUCAUAGCAGCCAAAAACAUCGUUACUAUUUCAACUUCUCGCAAAAUUUUCAACUCUUUGGCGUCAUAUUUGCCAGCUGCGGCGUUGAUUUAUUUGGCUUUUUUGGAAAAUUUUGAGACUAAUCUGGUGAUCACGCUUUUGGUAAUUACAGUUAGUACUUCACAAUUUGCCCAGUCAGGAUAUUGGAUCAAUUUAAUCGACAUUGCCCCAAACCAUUCGGCAACACUUCUUGGAAUGGUCAACGGUACUAACAAUAUUUUUUCGCUGUUGGCACCACUAACUGUGGGAUUUCUUGGCAGUGAUAAGAAAGACCCGAUUUUGUGGAGAAAAGUUUUCCUGCUGGCAGCAGUAAUUUAUGCUGUUUGUGGUACUUUCUAUGUGAUUUUUACGUCAGCUGAGGUGCAAAAGUGGAACAACAUUGAAGAAGAUGAUGAAGAAUCUGAUAAAGGAUCUGUUAUAAUUGAAAAAGAAAAAAAGACUGAAUUUUUACCAAAAUGUUAAUUUU